GCUUACAGGCUCAGGCAAUGCCACACACAGACGAUCCGGAGCCUUGCAAAGAAAGAACCAAUUUCUGCUUUCAGAGAGACGCUGACAGACACGACACUUUCUGAGCUUAAUUCUAGCGGAUUCGCCGUGAGAAUUGCAGAGUCGAUCAGUCGAAGAAGACUUUGCAAUCUGCAAUGGACGGCUUCGUGCCCAUCGCGAAAGUCGGUCUGUGCCCUUCUCCGAGUGGUGAGGGUGCUCUUCCGCGAUCGCGACUGCAUCGAUGUCUUCCAUUCUGUAGGAGAACAUUCCAACUAUAUUCAGGUGGAACAGUUUGCCAACUAUCUCUCCCGAAACUUCUUGAAUUAUGAAAUGGAGUACACACAAGCGGCAGGGCUCCUUCUCAAUGUGACUCAGAAGCUGAUACAUGACGCAGAAACAGCGGCGGCCUUCGUGCGUGCGCAGAUCGCCAAGUGUAUGCUUCGCUUUCUGAGCUGUCGCGAGAUGACCAUUCAGCAAGCAGCUCUAGAGAUUCUCGGCCGGGUCGCCGAUUGGUCAGCUGUCUGCCGUGUCGAAUUGUGCGCUUCGACAGCUAUUGACGUAUGUCUUCAACUCCUUCCUCAGGGUGAUCUUCUGACCCAAAAGCUCUGCGUUAGCCUUCUUCGAAUUCUUUCAUGCGAAGAGCAAGCCAGAGAACAAAUUCGAAUCUACGAUGGAGUUCCUUUGCUGGUUGGAUUACUCUCAGUGAGAAACUCGCGGCUUCAGUGGCAUGUCGCGUGGUCGCUAGCUCAACUAGCGGAAGAUCCGGAAACUUCUACUGAGAUUGUGCAGUUGGGCGGGAUUUCGCUUGUUUUGGCCGAGUUCGUCGAUUUGAAAGCACCUGCGAAAGCGCUCAACGACUGGAUUGCGAUGGUCACAGGACUAUGCGCCCUAUUAGCUCAACUAUGCCAAUGCGACUCAAAUCAGUACCAUUUGGUGAACAACAACGGGGUCUAUCUACUCGGAAAAGCCCUGCUGCUCAGUGCUGAAGACGAGCGACUUGUCGAAAACCAGGGCUGGAGAAGCACUCAGUGCUCGAUCUUUCGCGUGCUGCGCAUCCUGUUUUCGUUAGAGCGGAACCGUGGACUCUUCAAGAAAGUCUUCCCCAUCGCGUUUUUCGAGCAGUUCAUCGACAUUGGUCACUACGUCCAAGAUUUGUCGGCUUAUCGACCGCUUGCCAUCGAAUAUUCUAAACUCAUCGCAAGCACAACUGCAUCGGAACUGCAAGCUUCAUGGGAAGGGGUAAAUCAGAAGCGUGCACCCAUUGGUCGAGUGGCCGAAUAUGAUCUGCUUGACCAGCUUGGCGCCGGAGCGUUCGGCUGCGUUUACACAGCUCGUAAGCGUGGGACCGUUUCCAGCAAUGGCUCCCCGCAGUACUUUGCACUCAAGGAGAUCUUCGUCGUGCAGCUCAACGUGGGAGAUGACAAGAGCUUUGGUGACGUCAUCAGCGAGGUGAAGAUCAUCAAGCAGCAGCUUCGUCACCCGAAUAUCGUAAGGUAUCGGCGGAUCUUCGUCGAAAAUCAUCGCCUCUACAUACUGAUGGACUUGAUCGAGGGUGCCUCGCUGAAAGAGCAUAUCACAUCGGUCAAAGAGAAACGUCAGACAUUUUCUGAAGAUCGCAUCUGGAAUAUUGUCAUCCAAAUGGUGUUGGCACUGCGCUAUUUGCACAAGGACAAACAAAUUGUUCACAGAGAUCUGAAGCCGAACAACAUUAUGAUAGCGGAAAACGAUCGAGUA